AUGACGAAGGUGCCGAGGAAGAGCCAGGCGGAGAAGAAGUACCGGCUGAAGUACAGCCGGCUGCGGCGGGCGGCCAAGGCGCUGGUGUUCGAGAACGCGGCGCUGUGCGACGAGAUCGCCCGCCUGGAGGCGAAGUUCCUGCGCGGGUUGGGUCCCUGGUGUCCCCCUCCCCAGGGAUCUCAGUGUCCCCCUCCCCAGGGGUCCCAGUGUCCCCCUCCCCGGGGGUCC